AUGAGUAGAAACGUUGAUAAGGCAAACUCCGUGCUGGUUCGUUUCCAAGAGCUUGAAGCCGAGAAAAAUGGAGGUUACAAGGACUACACGCGUUUCAAGCGACCAACCAGAGUGGGUUCCGUGUCGAAGUCGCAGGAAGCACAGCAGUGGCGCCGGCAAGUUAUCUCGGAUAUCAAUACGAGACUCACACGCAUGCACGACCCUUCACUGAAUGAGUUUCAACUUCGAGAGCUUAAUGAUGAGCUCAACGAUCUGUUUAGUGAGAAGGCGCGUUGGGAACGGCACAUACACCGAAACUUGAAGGGUCCGGACUUCUCUCGCGACAAGUCGUUUAAGCACACAGGUACCGUUUUGGAUGGACGCCGUUAUUUCGGGAGAGCGCUUGCUCUGCCCGAAGUUCAGCAACUUGCUAAAAACGCUGCGGACUGGCGAAAAAAAUCACAAUCCGCAAGGCAGCGCCAAAAAACCUUACAGGAUCGUGUACGAGUUUGGAAGAAGAGCUUAGGUCCUGAGUACUACGGCUUCGUACCAGAAGACUCCGCCUCUCUUCGUGUUCCUCUGCAUCUCACGGUCGAGACCGUUAAGGAAAUUCUUACCUCGAAACCAGCAUCACGCUCUCAUUUUUGCCAACUCGAGGAGGACAAAACUCAGGAAUUGCAAGCCGAAGCCGGUGGCCAAGGCUCUGUAAUGGCCCCCAAACGUAUCAUCCCGCAGUUCAGCCAGCUGCCGGAUCUUAAGGAUAUGGAGGAAUGGCUUGUGCAAAGGCGCAAAAGCCAGCUGCAAAGGCAACUGAACCUUUAG